GAGCAGCAAAUUCUUAGACCUGUCUCAUGUGGGGCGAUUCUCAUAUAGGCCACAAGUUUCAAUGGUGGGUAAGAAAUGCCUCUGCAUUUUGAUUACCUGACUGUAUGGUUUGGUUUUACUGCUGACUUCAUUCUUGGUCCCUUUUUCUUUGAGAAGAGUACUCCUGAAGGCCCUAAAACGUGUACCCUCACAAAUAUCAAUUACUUGCCAUUACAAAUGCUAAAGCAGCAGCUCAUUCCUGCUUUACAUGAACAAGAAUGGUUAGAGACUGAUGUCUUCUUACAAGGGAGUGCAACAUACCAAAUUGGUCAACAAGUGAAGAAACUACUUUGUACUCACAUUUGAGAUGAUCAAGUAAUUUUGAGAAUUUUUUCCGAAUGCGUGGCUUUCUCAUUUUCCAGAUUUUAAUUCCUGUAAUUUCUGGUUGUGGGGAUUCCUAUAUGAUCAUAUCUGUGGAAGAAGCAUAUGGACUCUGCCUUAACUUUGAAAGAGAGCGUAGCAUGCCAUGAUGUUGCAAUUUCUUUAGAAACCCUUCACACUACUGUUGAACAUGGUACAAACCUCUUUCAUGACAUAUAAGACACAUGUCAGUGACGUAAAUAUAAUGCACAUCGAAUAAAUGCUGUCAUUAAAUAAAGUUUUAUGUUUACACUUUGUGUUUCUUGUUCUUGAUGCUCCACUUUUUAUCUGGUGGUCAUUAUUUAAGGUAUUAAACUUUAUUUCAGUUUUUUUUUUCCUUGUGGUCUAUGUCAUGUAUGUGUCAGGUUUCAGUGAAAUACAGAGGGUGUUUACAUGUUUUCAGAAAGAUUCUGAUAAAGACUUAAAAAAAAAAUGUUUUGGAAUAAAAAUAGGUAGCAACAGUUGUUAUUUGAAAUGAGAAAUAUCAUCUACUACUUUCAAGUUUAUUCUUCAUUCAAAAUGUCACGUGUGAACAAGUUGUGCAUUGCAGAAUAUCUUUUUGCACUUUUCAAAGAGAAAUAUUCCUAUUUCGUGAUAAAAAAAAAUAUUGUUAAAUGUAUUUUAAAACUUCUAAAAGGGAAAAACCAUCGGUCAUUACUUCUACAUGGAACGAGGACUCCAAACGAAUGUCCAAAAGAGAUACAUACUGCCAACACAGAUAUCAAAUGCAGAGUCUUUAAAUACAUCUGCGGCAACAAUAAAAUAAUAAGCCAAGAUUUACAAUUUUAAAAAGCUAAAAAAUGUAAUAUUUGUCAGCAAUUUCUGUGGCCUGUUUGAAAACUAUUUAGUAGGAGAGAAAUUGAAAUACAUUAUGACCUUUGAUAAAGCAUGGGUUUACGUAAAUGAUGAGUAAGGGGUUUAUGAUUGUUUACAGGAUUCUGUUAUUAUGGAAAAUUAAAAGUAAGAAGAGAGGGAGGGAAAAAACCCAUUAAAAUCAGCUCAACGUGCUAUCAAGAGAAUGUUUUACAUCCGUUAUUUACAGAAGAAAUUCUAUUUCUUUAUCUCAGUGACUUUCAAAUAGUGAAAUUUUAUCAAGACAAGCUACAAGUCACACUUCGAAAAGUACCAUUGCAUUCCUUAAAAAAAUUGAUACAGGUAUUACAUAUAUACCUUCUCAACAUAUUCUUGCAAAGCCCUUGAUGUUUCACCUGUGGACCAUUGUGCCUUUGUACUUUUGAAAAUAGAUCUUUUUAAAUGCAAACUUCUCAUGAUUGAUGGAUUGUGGAACGUAGUAAAAGAGAAAUGGAAAUCAGUAAUCCUGGAAAUUUUGCAAAAAAGCUCUUCUGUCAUGGAAAUCAUGAAACAGACUAGCCAGAAAAAUCUCAUAGCCAUCUCAUAAAUAGAAGAAAGGCUAUGAGAUCAAGCAUUUAAAAAAAUGUUGUUAACAAUUUAAACAUUAAUUAAAUGGCUCUGAUAUCACUCUAAAAAUGUGUUAGCACCCUCUGCACACCGACCAGAACAGACUCUACAUACAUCUGAGUAGGGUUACUUUAAUUAUUACCAACCUAUAUAUAGUUAGUUGAUAUCUGAGAGCAGGCGAGGAGACCAGUGCUUUACUGUGGAAUUCAAGGGUGCUCUCCUUUCACUGCAACUUUCCGUGAGAUAAAGGCUUUCUCAGGAUGGAAGACUUCUCUUAUGCUUGAGCGGAUGUGGGAGAAUGAAUUCAUAGUACAUGUGUGACCUUUGUGACCUUUGCAGUUUUAACGAUGCAAUGCUUAUGAUGAGUUACUUUGCUGAAUAUUUUCUCGGAAGGUAUUUAUAAGAUAAACUCUAAAAUGAAAAAGGCAAACAUUUGUACUAUUCUUAUACUAUAUGCCCUCAGAUGUAUGGCGUCGCCAAAUGGGGGGAUAUGUGUUCUACACUGGUUUUUGGUACGAUUGUGUGUUCUGCGCUGGUUUUUGGCACGACGUUGUUUGUAUGGCAACCCUUUUGACGUUGAAACUUUUAUUUUACUGGAGUGGUUGGUUUGGUGGGCGUUUUGAAAUGGCUUAUGUUGCAAUGAAAGGCAUGAUGGCAAAAUUUCAGUCACAUAUUUUGGAUUGUGUGCAAGGUAAAUUUAGUAUUAAAAAGUAUGAUGUUGGAGUUGUUAACUAGUCUUUUGUUCAUGGGUGUAUUUAUGUGGAUUUUUAUUCACGAAUGUAUGCUGCACGUUGUAUGCUUUGUUGUCUCAGAAGAUAAGGUGGAAGAAUAAAGUGGUGGAAAUUGAUGAGUUUUGCUAAUGUUUGAAAUUGAUAUUUCUGCUCUUUGAAGAAGCAUUCGCAAUGGAUAGGAGUUUACAUCUUUGGAAUGUAGAGCCAACACCUUAGGACAAGAUUUCUGCCUUCAAAUUAAUAUGGUAAGCAUAGCUUCAAUAUUGUGGCUGAUCAUAGUUGCAGCUAUAUGGGGCCUUUCCACGCCGUUAUUACGACAUGGGAGUGCUGGUAUUGAAAAUGUUUCUGCAGAUAAUCUCUUGAGUCAAUGGCUUGCUGAGUUAAAAUUUCUUAUAUUGAACUGGAAGUAUAUUUUCCCAUUUUUAAUAAAUCAAAGUGGAUCUGCUGUCUAUGCCCUUGCACUUGGUUCAGCAGAGCACUCGAGGGCUAUCAGCAUAAGGGGAGGGAUGCCUUAUGCUUUUUAUGUGGAGGACUUUCUAAGGAAAUUGGCUCAUAUACUCGUUACGCUUAAGGAAAAUCAUGGAAAUGUCCACACAGCCAGCCUGUUCACCAGGGUUCAGUGACUAUACUGAGAUGAGCACAGAAAAAGUCUGUUGGGAGAAAAAUUACUUCAAAACUUGUAAGAAAUUUUAUGUGGAAAUAUAUUUUAAUUGCCAAAGAGGGCGUAAAUCUUUCAUGAUGUUA